CGCCAAAAUGCCUCCCUCGGUUCAAACGACCAGGCUAGUUUCCACCCUCCGCUUGCUUAUCCCCCGUCUCCGCCUCCUACAAAAGAAAGACACAGGCUCCUCAGUCGUCCAACGCCGCGAACUCUCCCAGCUCCUCAGCGAAGGCCGCGAUGCAUCAGCGCGCAUUCGAGUCGAAAAUGUCAUUGCAACCGAUAUUGCAGUAGAGGUAAUGGAGAUGGUCGAGCUCUACUGUGAGCUGCUGCUUGCGCGCGCAAACGUGUUGGAUCAGAUGGCCUUCAGCGACCAAGGGACCCGCGCGAGACUUCGCGCCAAGGAAUUGCUCAAGAAGCGCACCCAAGAACAAGCUGGUGCUACGGUAUCAACCACCGCAGGCGUCAAGGGUGCUGGGGGUGCUGGGGAAAGCACAGGCUCGCGAUUCGGGUUCUCUUGGCUGGGAGGAGGAGCGCAAAAGAAGGAGGCUGAGCGGCCUUCGCCGACAACGGCAUCUGGUAGUGCGGAGGACUCUGGUGAUGGGCUUGCGGAUGACGAUAACCCCUACAUGGAUACUGCACUCGAUGAGGCUGCUACUGUGGUCUUCUACGCGUGGCAUCGUUUCCCGCACGAGGUGCGCGAAUUCACUAUGCUUCGCACUAUGCUGGGCGAGCGAUACGGCAAGGAGUUUAUGACUUUGGCGCAAGAUAAUAAGGUCGACUCUGUCAAGGUUCCUGAUCGGCUUGUCAAGGGCUUGCGUGUGCGUCCUCCGGGACACGAACUUGUUGAGAGUUACCUGCGAGAGAUUGCGAAAGCUUACGGCGUUGAGUGGCAUGGAGCCGAACAAGAGCUGGGAAAUGCGCCGCAAGAAUUUGAGGACAAUCGCGGUGAUGGUAGCGGUGACGAAGAGGAACCCCAAUUACCGCAAACUCCUGGCAAGCAGCAAGGAGACUCGGCCUCAACGCCGGACCUCUCUGAAGCAAGGCGUGCCUCGGAGACCAGUGAAUUGACCAAAGCCACGCCUCCACGUGGACUCGCUGCGGGGCGAAGUCCUGUUAGUGUUGCGCCGCCGGCCCCCAGAACGGACAAUCCACACCCCAGAGUCAAGCUUCCCGGCACUGAGGGGAAAGCCGCUGCUGUUUCAAAGGAGGAUGCUGGCUCCAAGAGCAAGAGUAAUAACAAUGGGAUACCGGAGCUGGAUGAACUGACGCGAAGAUUUGCGGAUUUGAAGAGGAGACCAUGA